AUGAUGCCAAAAUUCAAUAUCAAACGUCUAUUUAAGUUACAAGCCCAACUAUUUGGAAGAAAUUAAAUAAAGUUUUCAAAAGAUAUGGAUUGCUAAUAGAUAAGAAAUAAGCUGGAUCUCUACGUGUUUGAUUUUGAUUACACAGUUAUAGAGUAAAAUAGUGAUACAAUUUUUUAUACUCUCUUCGAAAAUAGAUAGCCUCCUAAGGAAUUAGCUGAUUAAUAUAUUGAAGGUUAAUGGACUGCCUUUAUGAAUACUGUUUUAGAUUAUUUAAAAAAUAAAAUGGGAAUCAACUCUUCAAAGAUUUAGGAGGAGAUCGAAAAGGCUGAUUUGGUAGGAGGUAUGAAAGAUUUGUUUGAAAAAAUAAAAUCUAAGAACAGUGAAAUCAUCAUUUGCAGUGAUGCAAAUUCGUUAUUUAUCAAAUGGAUCGUUGAAAAGAAUUAAAUCGCUGAUUAUUUCUCUGCAAUUUAUACCAAUCCAUGCACUAUUGAAAACGAUUAAUUGUUUGUAAAGAGAUUUUACGAUUAACAUAGUUGCCCUCUUUGCACUUAAACUCCUAAUAUGUGCAAGAGAAGGAUUAUAGAAGAUCACAUCGCUAAAAAUCCAAAUAAGGAAUAUAUUAACAUCCACUACUUUGGAGAUGGUAAAAACGACUUCUGUCCUAUGGUUUCUUUAAAAGACUAGAACUCAACAGGUUUUGUUAGAAAGGGAUUUGCUUUGGAGAAAAAAAUAGAACAAUACUUAAAAUAAGAAAACUCAGAUCCUUUCAAGUGCAAGUUAGUGUACUGGAACUAAGCACAUGAAAUACUAAAUUAAAUUUGA